CCUUUUCCCAGUUUUACGGCGUGGAGUUGUUGGUGUGCUCUACUACUACAGGCUGCAGCAUGGCUUCAUCAGCGAAAAGGCGAGCAGUUGGUGUGGGAGAAAAUCCUGAUGAAGGCGACAGCUCAGAUGAGAGAAUUGACGACGAUGAGGACUCAGAAGAAGAUAGUGAUGAGUCCGAGGAAGAAAUCAACGAGGAGGUGGUAGUUGAUUUUGAGGCUCACACAAUAUCAGACAAUGACUUCAAUGGGAUAAAGAAGUUGCUGCAACAGUUGUUUUUGAAGGCCCACGUUAAUAUGUCUGAGCUCACCGACAUCAUUAUCCAGCAGAAUCACAUUGGAAGCGUCAUUCGGCAAGCAGAUGUUCCUGAAGACAGCGAUGAUGAAGAUCCUGAUGAAGUGUUUGGCUUCAUAAGUAUGUUAAACCUAACGGAGAGAAAGGGUGUGGAGUGUGUGGAGCAGAUUAAGGAGCUGGUUCUGGCCCAUUGUGAGAAGGCCUGUCCCCCCACCGUCACUGAGCAGCUGGAGAAGGCCCUGAACGACACGACCAAACCGGUGGGGCUGCUGCUGAGCGAGCGCUUCAUCAAUGUGCCCCCCCAGAUCGCCCUGCCCCUCCAUAAGCAGCUUCAAGAUGAGAUUUUAGAAGCACAGAGGACCAACAAACCCAGUGGGAAAUGCCAUUACUGUCUGAUGAUCAGCAAGACCUGCAAGGAGGUGAAGAAGAGCAUCCCUAACAGAGGAGCCCCAAAGGAGGAGAUGAUGUUUGUGAAUGCAGAGGAGGAAUUUUUCCAUGAUCAAGCUUCUGUGAAGUUCCAGUACUCAGUCCAGGAGGAGACCGACUCAUGCCUGAGUGGAAGGUGGUCAUUUGAUGACGUGCCGAUGAAGCCGUAUCGCACAGUCAUGUUGGUUCCCAUGGACAAAAUGGGAGUUAUAAUGGACAAACUCAAGGAGUACCUCACUGUUUGAUCUACUUUUCAUAUGUUAGUAUGACUACACCUUCAUACAAACCUCUGGACCUUUAACAACAAAAAAACCCAAUGCCGACAGUUUCUCAGUCCAUUGAAUGGUUUCCCUUCACAUCAAGUCCUACUGCAUUGGAGUUAAAAUGUUUUUUUUCCCUUAAAGGCCAAGUGAUAGUCUUAGACAGGUAUUGAAUCAUUUGUGUAAAUUCAUAUUGUCACUUUUCUGUACUAGAAUUAUUUUUGAAAUUGAGGUGAAAGUCUGAGAUUCCUCAACCCCAGUGAAACAUUAUGCGCCCUUAUGCAUUAAAAGAAUCAACUUCUGUA